UAGCUGAUCACUUCUAACUAUUGAUAAUCAGUUGUUUUCAAGAACUUAAACCGGACACAUCAUUAAGAUUAAAAAAGCAAAUAAACAUGAAGAGCUUCCUAUUAGUUUUGUGCGCAAUUUUGGCUGUUUUCGCUUUUGCUCAAGCCGAUGAAUGCAAUAUUGAAGGUCAUGUUGUUAAGGUAGGAGAAACCUACUCCCUGCCCGGUAAAUGUACUGAAAUCAAAUGUAAUGGACCUAAUGCUUUCUCCGCCAAAACCUGCCCAGAUGUGCAAUCCUUGAAACCCUGCAAAUAUAUACCCCAAGACAAUUCCAAACCUUAUCCUCAAUGCUGUCCCCGUCAUGAAUGUUAAGCUAUGAAUUUGUAUUUUGUAAAUUAAGAUGUUGAUAAAGUGAAAUAAAUAACAAAAAAAUCAAAUUUUAAAAA